GGAGAGGAGUGAUGAGGAGGUGUUUUCCGCUGAUGUGUGCACAAGUGAUGGAGAUGAAGGACAUAUAUUUAGAGGAGAUGGAGGAAGGAGAAAGGACUCUACAUCUUCUGCAGCUUGCCGCACAGAGUCUAAACACUUCAAGCACAAGCUACCAUGGAAGCUGCCAUCACCACCAUUGUCUCCCAGUUCAAGGUGUAUGCUGGGAAUGAAGGAUCCUCCACCACGCUGAGUAAAGAUGAGUUCCAUAAACUGGUGACCUCUCAGCUUCCCACCCUUGUCAAGAACGCCAGUGACCCCGGGGUGGUUGACCAGCUCAUGAGCUCCCUAGAUGAAAACAACGAUGGGGAGCUGACAUUCUCCGAGUUCUGGCAGCUGAUUGGAAAACUGGCGAGCAAACAGGGAGGCUUCAGCUAGUAAACCCAACCCAAUCGGUUCGGUUUAUUCCUGCUGUCUGGCUGUAAACUGAGGGGCAUCUGAAUUCUUUUAUCUCUCUGUACCAGUGCCACAUGUGUAACUGCAUAGUUAACCAUUUGUUUAAUGGGAGGAACUUUGAAUUAAAGGCUCUAUUGUUUUAAACCCUGAACCACCA